AUGAUGCUCGCCUUUGUUUCCCAAAGCAAUAGCUUCCACAGCUCCUGGGAACUGUUUAUAGAACAGCUAGGUGGUCCUAUUGGUUCAUGGAGAAUUGCGAAUAGAGGUGAAACAAAAGGGCAACGCGAAGAAGAUGAGACAGCAGUAAAAGCCAAAAGGAGAUAUAAACGAGAAUGGGUGAAAUUUGCAAGACCCUGCAGAGAAGGAGAAGACAACUCAAAAAGAAACCCAAUUGCCAAAAUUACUUCAGACUUCCAAGCAACCCAGAAAAUUACCUACCGAAUUUCUGGAAUAGGAAUUGAUCAGCCCCCUUUUGGAAUCUUUGUUGUUGACAGAAACACUGGAGAAAUUAACAUAACUGCCAUAGUUGAUCGUGAGGAAACCCCAAGCUUCCAGAUCACGUGUUAUGCUCUAAAUGCCCUAGGACAAGAUGUAGAGAAACCACUUAUACUAACGGUCAAAAUUUUAGACAUCAAUGACAAUCCUCCAAUAUUUUCACGAAGUGUAUUCAUGGGUGAAAUUGAAGAAAAUAGUGCUUCAAACUCACUGGUGAUGAUACUAAAUGCCACAGAUGCAGAUGAACCAAACCAUUUGAACUCUAAAAUUGCCUUCAAAAUCGUCUCUCAGGAACCUGCAGGCACCCCCAUGUUCCUCCUAAGCAGACACACUGGGGAAGUCCGUACUUUGACCAAUUCUCUUGAUCGAGAGCAAGUUAGCAGCUAUCGUCUGGUUGUGAGUGGUGCAGACAAAGACGGAGAUGGACUGUCAACUCAAUGUGAAUGCAGUAUUAAAGUGAAAGACGUCAAUGAUAAUUUCCCAACAUUCCGAGAAUCUCAGUAUUCAGCACGUAUUGAGGAAAAUACUUUAAGUUCUGAGUUGCUUCGAUUUCAAGUAAUAGAUCUGGACGAAGAGUUCACAGAUAAUUGGCUUGCUGUGUAUUUCUUUACCUCUGGAAAUGAAGGGAAUUGGUUUGAAAUACAAACUGAUACCAGAACUAACGAAGGCAUCCUGAAGGUGAUUAAGCCCCUAGAUUAUGAACAACUACAAAAUGUGCAAUUCAGUAUUGCCGUCAAAAACAAAGCUGAAUUUCACCAAUCAAUAAUCUCUCAAUAUCAAGUCCAGUCAACCCCAGUCAUAAUUCAAGUAGUAAAUGUGAGAGAAGGAAUUUCAUUCCGUCCUCCUUCCAAGACAUUUACUGUCCAGAAAGGCAUAAGUAGUAGAAAAUUGAUCAAUUAUGUCCUGGGAAUGUACCAAGCCAUUGAUGAAGACACUGGCAAAGCUGCCUCAAAUGUCAGAUAUGUUAUGGGACGUAACGAUGGUGGUUUGCUAAUUAUUGAUUCAAAAACUGCUCAAAUCAAAUUUGCCAAAAACAUCGAUCGGGAUUCUACUUUCAUAAUUAACAAGACAAUCACAGCUGAGGUUCUGGCCAUAGAUGGAGACACAGGUAAAACUUCUACAGGCACCAUAUAUGUUAAAGUACCUGAUUUUAAUGAAAAUUGCCCAACAAUUGUCCUUGAAAAGGAAACAAUUUGUAGUUCAUCACCUUCCGUGGUUGUCUCAGCUAGAAUACUGGACAAUGAUAAAUAUACUGGCCCCUACACAUUUUCACUGGAGGAGCAACCUGCAAAAUUACCAACUGUGUGGAGUAUCACAACACUCAACGCUACCUCUGCCCUCCUAAGAGUCCAUCAGCAGAUUUCUCCGGGAGAACACAGAGUCUCUCUCGUAGUUACGGACAGUCAGGACAGGCGGUGCGAGACACCAGAGAGCUUGAUUCUAACAGUCUGUCAGUGUGACAGCAGGGACAUCUGUGGAACUCCUGUGACCAGACAUGGAACGUCAUUGGGGAGGCUAGGGCCUGCCGCCAUCGGCCUGAUACUCCUCGGUCUUUUGCUGCUGCUGUUGGCCCCCCUUCUGCUGCUGACCUGUGACUGUGGGACAGGUCCUAUUGGGGGAGUGACACGUGGAUUCAUUCCAGUUCCUGGUAGUUCAGAAGGAACAAUGCAUGAGUGGGGAAUCGAAGGAGCCCAACCUGAAGACAAGGAAAUCUCAAAUAUUUGUGUGCCCCCUAUAACAGCCCAUGGAGCCGAUUUCAUGGAAAAUUCUGAAGUGUGUGCAAAUAUAAAUGCUGGAGGGACGGUGGUGGAAGGAGUUUCGGGGAUGGAACUGAUCACCAACCUUGGAGCAGGUACGGGGUCCGCAGCCGCAGCGGGAUUUGGAGCAACCACUGGACUUGGCAUCUGUUCUGCAGGACAGUCUGGAACAAUGAGAACAAGGCAUUCCACUGGAGGAACCAAUAGGGACUAUGGUGAGGGGGCAGUGAACAUGAAUUUCCUGGACUCCUACUUUUCUCAGAAAGCAUUCGCCUGUGCAGAGGAAGACGAUGGCCAGGAAGCAAAAGACUGUUUGCUGAUCUAUGAUAACGAAGGAGUGGGUGUCCCCGGUUCUCCCGUGGGCUCCCUGGGUUGUUGCAGUUUUAUUGCUGAUGAGCUCGAUGACAGCUUCUUGGACUCACUGGGCCCCAAGUUUAAAAAACUUGCAGAGAUAAGCCUCGGGGUUGAUGAUGAAGCCAAACAAUCUCAGCCACCCACCAAAGACAGCGGUUCUGGGGUUGAAUGCUCUGGCUGUUCCGUAGAAGUCCAGCAGUCCGAAUCUGCUAGGUGCCAGACUUUGCUAGGCAGUCACGGAGCUUCCACUUUGUCUGCUUCUGGCUCUGUCCUCCAACCAGCCAUUUCCAUCCCUGACCCUCUGCAGCAUGGUAGCUAUGUGGUAACGGAGACUUACUCGGCUUCUGGUUCUCUCCUGCAAUCUUCCACUGCAGUCGUUGAUCCACUUCUCACGCAAAAUGUAACGGUGACAGAAAGAGUGAUUUGUCCCAUUUCCAAGGUUCCUGGCAACCUACACGGUCCAAUGGAACUACGAGGGUCACGUAACACGAUCUGUACAGAAGAUCCGUGUGCCCGUCUGAUAUGACCAGAAUGAACUGGAAUAACGUAUUGGCUGAAUAUGGAUAUUUGGACCAAAUUAUUCAAAAUAGCAUAGCAAAGUUCACAGUAUUGGUCUAAUUUGGCACUUAUUUGCUACUCUCAUAAACUGAUUAUGAUUACAGUUUAAAUUUUCUAGU